UGGAGAAAAGUAGAAAGAAAAAAACCCAAACAAAAAUUAUCGAAAUCUCCUCUUUACAUAAAAUAUUAGUCACUACUCAUAUUAAAAAAAGGACAAGCGUGACAUCCACUCUGAUAAAACCUCUUUCUUUUUCUUCCUUCCCCUCUCCUUUAUCUUUCUGUUUUUGAGAUCCGGUCCCUCUGUGUUGUACUAGUACUCCAAUAGCUUUUUUCCCUUCACACAAUUAGACAAAAAAGAAGAAAGAGAUAAGAAGAUGAAAAUGAAAAUGGUGAAAAAGCUCUGUUUUCUUCUCUGUUUUGUAUAAUGAGCAAAGGACAGAGAUUUUAGAAAAAAUGACAAUAGAGAACAAUGAUCAUUCUUUUCUUUCAGAUGUUCUUUACUGUGAAGAAGAAGAAGAAAAAUGGGGUGAUUUGUUAGAGGAUGAAGAAGGGGUUAUUAUUAACCCAUUGUUGUUGUCUUCUGAAGGAACAACAAAAUCUAAUUCUUUAUUAUUAUUACCUUUGCUUCUGUUGGAACAAGAUAUGUUUUGGGAAGAUGAAGAGCUUCUUUCACUUUUCACUAAAGAAAAAGAAACCCAUUGUUGUUUUGAAAGUUUUGGGAAUGACCCUUUUCUCUGUUCAGCUCGUGUUGAUGUUGUUGAAUGGAUUCUGAAAGUGAAUGCUCAUUAUGAUUUCUCUGCAUUGACUGCCAUUUUAGCCAUUAAUUACCUUGACAGGUUUCUUUCAAGCCUUCAGUAUCAGAAAGAUAAGCCAUGGAUGAUUCAACUUGCUGCUGUCACCUGUCUUUCUUUAGCUGCUAAAGUUGAAGAAACUCAAGUUCCCCUUCUUUUGGACUUCCAAGUAGAGGAUGCAAAAUAUGUGUUUGAGGCAAAGACUAUACAAAGAAUGGAGCUUCUGGUGCUGUCAUCACUGAAAUGGAGGAUGAAUCCAGUGACCCCACUUUCAUUUCUUGAUCAUAUUAUAAGAAGGCUUGGGCUAAAGACCAAUGUGCACUGGGAAUUUCUCAGAAGAUGUGAAAGUCUUCUUAUCUCUGUCAUGGCUGAUUGUAGAUUCGUACGUUAUAUGCCUUCUGUAUUGGCUACUGCAAUUAUGCUUCAUGUUAUUCGUCAAGUUGAACCUUGCAAUGCUAUUGACUACCAAAAUCAAUUACUUGGGGUUCUCAAAAUUAGCAAGGAGAAAGUGAAUAAUUGCUUUGAACUCAUUUCUGAAGUGUCUUCUAAGCCUAUUAUUUCACACAAGCGCAAGUAUGAUGAAAAUCCAAGUAGCCCAAGUGGUGUAAUUGAUCCAAUUUACACUUCAGAAAGCUCAAAUGAUUCAUGGGAUUUGGAUUUGCCUCUGUUCAAGAAAAGCAGAGUUCAAGAACAACAAAUGAAAUUUGGAUCAUCAUUGAGCAGAGUUUUUGUGGAAGCUGUUGGUAGUCCUCAUUAAAAUCUCUUCUUUGUUAUUUAUUACCAGCUAUGGUGGUGGGGCGGUACUACAUAUUUAUAUUCAUAUUCAAGAAGUAUUUUCCUUUAUGUCAUUUUUUUCUUUUACAUGAUCAAAAAAAAAAUGUGUCUUAUUAGCUGGUGGUUGCAGUUGGCAGAGAAGAGGACUGGCUUUCUUUUUUGCAGCAGUGUAGUCUACUACUACUACUGGAAAGCCAGAGAGAGAAAAGACAGAAUAUGUGCACUAUUUGUUUUUCUCUCUAUUUAUUUCAAUUUCUCUCUCAAGUCACUUUCAUGCAUGCGUACUUUUCAUGGACAUAUUUAUAUGACUACUCUAUUUAUAUUGUCUUCACUAUAUAAUCAUAAAUUCAUCAACAUUUUGUUUAUUUA